AUGCCAAGUCUCCCCAUAAACCGCCCAGCAGCCCGCCGCGAUCCCACCGCCGACCCCAUCUCCUGCUGGAUCGAUGUGCCGAGCGCAGAUGGCACUAAAUCCGCACACAUAAUCAACAGCUCCAACCUCUGCAAACAAUACUCGCUCGUAAACCACGACUUCUGCAGCCUAGACCCCAACUUCAAAGCCCACUUCCGGCACAUCUGUCCUCCUUCCCCGCCCACCCUCCUCGGCGCCGACCACCACCCGACUACUCCCGGCAGUCAUCGAUACGUGGUGGAACCCGUCCGGCAGCAGCAGCAGCAGAGCGCCGAGCAAUACGGCGCCUUGGCGUUGAUAUUCGCCGGCGGGUUCCUCUCGGUAAUCGUCUUCGCUAUCAUUAUGCACCGCUGCAAUAGGGGGGCCCGCUACGUUUACGAGCCUGGUUAUUAUGACUAG